AUGGCAUAUAACGAUAAGCGAGAAAUUCAGAGUCCAAAUUUGAUUCUGGUGCUUUUCAUCGUAAUUGAAGUUAAAUGGUUUAAUACGAGAAAUGAACUUGAUUUGAAUAUAACUCAUGAAGAUGCUGUUAAUUCCAAAGCUUUAAAGUGUAAAAAAUAUAUUACACUUAUCGGUGCAACUUUUACGAAUUUCACAAUUGAACUUAUUGAUAAUGAUGAAAUUAUUAUGCAAAAUCUUAAAGAAUUUCAUAAUAGUCAAGAAGAAUCACCUUCUAUAUUAAAUACAGGUACAAUUACUAUAACUGCAGCCGCAGCUGUAGUUGUUGGUUAUUUGAUCUGUCGAACAUUUUCAAGAAGAGAUGAUUAA